UGCCCUGGACAGCCGAGCAGCUCCGACCUCCAAAUCACAUCUAGAGCUCCCGAACAGGCGGAAUUAACCUCAAAAGACUAAAAAAAAUAAAUAAAAAAAAGUAAAAAAUAAAAAUAAAACAAAGACAUCCAGAGGGGGAAAAGUUGGAGAACAAAGGAUAUUUACUGGAAUACAACAAAUCUGAACGCGCCGCUAAUUUUCAUUUUGUUGGAAUAUUUGACACCAUGAGGAUUUUCCCCGUUGUGCUCCUGCUUGUUCACAGCUUGGUUGUGUCCAGACUGGCCAGUGGGGCUGCAGUCGACCGGCAUGAGGGCGACAGGCAGCGGCACACGUCCGUCUUCAACCUUUUAGACACAACCAGGGACCGGAGGGCUGAGGAGGAGCGCACAGGUGACACAACAGUGCAGCAUGGCCAGGAUGGCAAGGAACAGGAGGAUGACGAUGGAUAUUACUACGAUGACGAGUUUGACGACGAAAUGUCUGGAGACUAUGACUUGGAUCUGCCCCGAGUCGCCAUGUCAAGCAAACCCAAAGACCCGUCAUCCCUCCCGGAGCCCCAAAACACAGAAGAAACCCAAAGGAGGGGAAAUGGAAGAAAGAAGGGGAAAGGCAAGGGAAGGAAGAGGAAUCCCUGCCUGAAAAAAUACAAGGACUUGUGCAUUCAUGGCACCUGCCAGUACCUGAGGGAAAUCCGUGCCCCAUCUUGUGUCUGCCAUCCAAAUUACUCUGGCGAAAGGUGCCAGUUGUUUACGCUGCCUGUCCACACCUCGGAGGGCUACAGCAGGACCACAGCUUUAGCAGUGAUAGCUGUGGUGCUUUCAUCCGUCUGCCUCACCAUCAUCGGCCUCUUAUUAAUGCUAAGGUUUCACAAGCGUGGAGCGUAUGACGUAGAGAGCGAGGAGAAGGUGAAGUUGGGACUGGCGUCCAACAACUGAAGCCACAAACAGAGGCAUAAAUGCAGAAAUUCUACCUCAAACUGGAAAAACAGAAGUGUACUGCAAUGGGAGGCCCAGGAGGAAACAUGAACGUAUGUGGAGACGGGAGCUGAGAGCGCUCAGAUGGAUGUUCGAUGUCUGGUCAGCUGUGGGCGACCGGAUCGGUAUCCCCCACGGGGCGUUCACUAGAGUAGGGGACAUCUUCCGGGAAGCGAAAUACAGAACGGCUUAGAAGAUGGACUGAAGAUGGGAUCGGCAGGAAGAAAACAA